AUGAUAUUAAGUCAGAGGAGGAUGCUGAGUUCAAAGCAACUAAUAGAGAACUUGAUAAGAUACAAAUUUCAUAAAACACCAUAUACUCGGAGCUCAAUAUGGCCUUUCAAAAGAAAUUCGGCGGUAAUAAUACUAUUAUUCAUUGGAAUGAAAGGCGAACUACGAGUGCUUUUAACUAAACGUUCAAGAACAUUGAGAAGCUUCUCAGGUGAUGUUUCAUUUCCUGGAGGUAAAGCUGAUUAUUUUCAAGAAACCUUUGAAAGCGUAGCCAGAAGAGAAGCUGAAGAGGAGAUUGGGUUACCGCAUGAUCCUGAGGUCUUGCAUAAGGAGUUCGGAAUGAAAUUAGACAAUUUGGUCAUGGAUAUGCCAUGCUAUUUAUCAAGAACAUUUUUAAGUGUUAAGCCAAUGGUCUGUUUUCUUUACAAAGAUAAAUUAGAAAAACAUGAGGAUAAAUACAAAGUUCCCUUAGAUAUCCGUAAGUUUUUUGGUAAGCUGAACCCUGGAGAAACAUCUUCUUUGUUUUCUGUACCACUCAAUGACUUAGUUAUACAUCUUCUUCCUGAAGCCGAUGAGGAUGUUAAGAGUUAUCAAGCAGAAUAUUUUGAGCGGAAGGAGUAUAAGCUUAAUUGGGGUGGAAUAAAAUGGUUGAUUAUGCAUUAUCAUUUUCACGUAGCAAAUAAUAACGAAAUGCCAUGGUUGCAAACCAUAGAGGAUUUAUCAAGUUCAGACGAAGACGGUGUUGAUGGAGGUAUUUUCAGAUUCAGGGAUUUGUGGGGACUCACAUGUAAAAUAUUAUUCGACGUUUCAUGUAUAGCUAAUGGACUAAUGGACGAAAAGUUAAAAGGAGAACUAGGGCACGAAGAUUUGAUAGUUGGACUACAUGACUAUGGUAAUCAGAUGCAACCGAACGGAAGAAGUGAAUGGGAGAUAGGAAUGAUCAACGGCGACAGAAACUUAAAAUAUAGCGAUGUGAUACCUGAAUACUACAUGAAGCACCUGCUGGAGUGCCGCUCGCUUUGGUAA